AGCUUCCAUUGAGCUUCCCGUGCGUGACGUCACGCUCUCCCUCAGCAGCAACAGGCGUCUGAACGACACGAAACAUCUCAAGGAGGAAAAAACACUCUGGACUGUAAUAAGAGACGCUGAAAACUCACUUCCGCGUGAACAUUUGAACACUUCUUUGUAAACAAUCACACAUUCCGACCCGGACUGGAAAACCUCCUCAGACGCGACGCGAAGAUGAUGCCGAUGUUCCUGACUGUGUAUCUCAGCAACAAUGACCAGCACUUCACCGAGGUGCCCAUCACCCCUGAGACGGUGUGUCGUGACGUGGUGGAUCUGUGCAGAGACUCCGGCGACAGCAGCUGUCAUCUGGCCGAAGUGUGGCGAGGCUCCGAGCGGGCAGUAGGCGAGAGCGAGAAGAUGAUGGAUCUGUUGCUGCAGUGGGGACAGGCGAGGCCUGAGGUCCGGUUCUUUCUGCGUCACGGCAGAGCGCCCGGCCAGCUGUCAGACUCCAGGACUUUGAAUCAGAAGAGGAACGGCGUGAAGAAACCUGCUGACAGACGGCCGGAGAACGGGGUGAGCAGCCCGUGGAUGGACAUGACUCUAGCAGAGCUGCAGGAGAUGGCAGCCAGACAGCAGCGACAAAUCGACGGCCAGCAACAACUCCUGGCCUCUAAGGAGCAGCGUUUGCUCUUCCUGAAGCAGCAGGAGCACAGGCAGCAGCAGACCACUUCAGAGCAGAAGAAGCUCCAGAAUCUGAGGGACGCGGUGGAGAAACAGGAGGCGCAGCUGAAGAUGGUCCGAGCUCUGAAGGGUCAGGUGGAACAGAAGCGCCUCAGCAAUGGAAAACUCGUUGAGCAGGUUGAGCAGAUGAACAGUCUGCUCCUUCAGAAGCAGAAAGAGCUGGUCGUAGCCGUGUCUAAAGUGGAGGAGCUGAGCAAACAGCUGGAGACCCUGAAGAACGGACAGCUGGAUGCGCUUCACAGUAACCAGAGCUCUGUGGCCGAGCUGGACAGACUCUACAGGGAACUGCAGAUGAGGAAAAACAUUAACCUGGAGCAGAACACGAAACUACAGCAGCAGAGAGAGAACUUGAACAAGAGGAACCAAGAGGUGGCCAACAUGGACAAAAGAGUGAACGAACUGAGAGAUCGCUUGUGGAAGAAGAAAGCUGCCCUACAGCAGAAAGAGAACCUUCCUUUGCCUUCCGAUGGGCAGACGGCGCAGCAGACAGGAGUGUCCCGUGUGGCUGCUGUCGGCCCUUAUAUCCAGUCUUCCACGAUGCCCAGGGGCCACAGUAAACAGGACCUGCUUAUUAAAAACACUUACCCCGACGGCACAGCAACGGUACCGCAUCAGGAGAAGAGCGCUCGUCCCGGAUCAGCUAAUUUCAAGAUCAAAGGCCGCAAUAGGAGAGAGAGCGGCAUCAGCACUGGUCUGCAAUCAGCAAAAGCGUCCUCAAAGCUGUCUAACUGGAGUGCGGCCAAUAUGAAGUCCGCUGGUAAUAAUGGGUCCACCAGUCUCCCACGCUUGGUGACCCAGGCCUCUAAAAACCAAGAUAAAGCAGAUAUGCUGAAACGGGACCCCAGGGUGCGUCCGGCCUCCAUGUUUGAGCCUAUUGAACCACCUGCAGCUUCUUUACGGAAGAAUCAGAGCAGCGAGGACCUCGCGAGAGACAUCCAGAAUGCCAUCAAGAACACCGUCAAGGUUCCUCCUCCAGUUCCAACUAAACCUAAACAGCCCAACCUGCCCUCUGGUGGCCAGAUGGGAUAUGGCAAGACGGCCGUCAAUGCUGGUACCUUCCCAGGGAAGAGUAAAUCUUCUGCUCAGCAGCCGCCCACUGGCUCCCAGUCUGCUUUAUCACAGGGAGGUACUUUACCCCUUCCCUCCAAGCUAGAGGCUCCUCCAGCGGCCACCGUACACCCCUUCAGCCCGGAUCCUCCUGGAGCCAAAGACUCCGGUGGGCAAAUCCUGCACAAGCCGCAGAUGGUGACCACCAGCUCCAUCUACUCCAUGUACACGCAGCAGUCCGUGGCUGGCAAAGCGCAGCAGCAGAGCAUGCAGGGAGCGCUGGGCCGAGCCCAGACCCGCAGCAGCAACUUCAUCAGUGUUUAUGGGAAGCCAGUGACGUCCACAGGCCAGCAGUCUCAAAACCUGUACCCUGAGAACCCGUACCUGGACCCGCCCAGUGGCCCGGAAACAGAGAGGGACCACAGUCCUGCUCCAGAAACCCAGGAGACCGAGCGUAUUCCCAGACCUCUCAGUCCCACCAAACUGCUGCCCUUCAUCUCAAACCCCUACCGCCACCAGAGCGACGUGGACCUGGAGGCUCUCCGGAAGAAGCUCUACAACGCGCCCAGACCCCUCAAGAAACGCAGCUCCAUCACAGAGCCCGAGGGCCCCGGGGGCCCCAACAUUCAAAAGCUCCUGUACCAGAAGACCACUCUCGCCGCGAUGGAGACCACAGUGAGUCCUUCUGGAGAAGAGGAGAAGGAGACGGUGGCAGAAGCUCCCAGAGCUGAUGAAGCGGCACUCGAGGGACCCGAUCAAACUCUUCCUGAGCCGCUGGCGUCCACAGAAACGGAAGCAGAGGACGUCCCUCCUCCACCGCCUCCACACCCGGCGCCACAGCCCGACACGGACUUCUUACCUCCACCUCCUCAGCCGGCCAGCCCUCCUCCUCCUCCACCUCCUCCCGCUGAGAACUUCGUAGAGGACUUUCCUCCAUAUCCUCCACCUCCUUAUCCCAGUGGAGCGGAGCAGGAGCCUCCAGAAGACACAUUUAACAUGAAGCCACCAGAGGUCACCGGACAGGUUCCCUUUCCACCCGGUAAGAGGACGAACCUGCGUAAGGCCGGAUCGGAGCGCAUCGAGCACGGCAUGAGAGUGCGCUUCAAUCCUCUGGCUCUGUUACUGGACUCGUCUCUGGAGGGAGAGUUCGAUCUGGUGCAGAGGGUCAUUUACGAGGUGGAGGAUCCGAGUCAGCCGAACGAUGAGGGCAUCACUGCGCUCCAUAAUGCAGUGUGUGCCGGUCACACGGAGAUUGUUAAAUUCCUGGUGCAGUACGGAGUCAACGUCAAUGCGGCUGACAGUGACGGAUGGACACCCCUGCACUGUGCAGCGUCCUGUAAUAAUGUGCAGGUGUGUAAGUUCCUGGUGGAGUCUGGGGCGGCCGUGUUCGCCAUGACCUACAGCGACAUGCAGACGGCAGCUGAUAAGUGUGAGGAGAUGGAGGAAGGCUACACACAGUGCUCUCAGUUCCUCUACGGCGUCCAGGAGAAGAUGGGCAUCAUGAACAGAGGGGUGGUGUACGGUCUGUGGGACUAUGAGAGCGAGCAGGACGACGAGCUGUCGUUCAGAGAGGGCGACAGCAUGGCUGUGAUCCACAGGGAGGACGAGGACGAGACGGAGUGGUGGUGGGUGCGCAUGGGCAACAGAGAGGGGUACAUACCCAGAAACCUGCUGGGGUUGUAUCCGAGAAUCAAACCUCGCCAAAGGAGCCUGGCUUAAACGAACAAAGACGUAGAGUCGCUCUGACACAAUCAAUCCAUCAACACUAGUUAACCUCCUCAUCUACCUGUUAGUCCCAUGUGAUGUUACAGUGAUGCUCAUUCCUUCUGCCUCUUUUCACAAUAUCAUUGACUAGAAUUAGAUUAGAAUGUACUUUAUAUUUGUAAAUCAAGACUUUUUCACUAAAAUGUAUUUUCACAGUUAUUGUGGCCUGUGUUUGCGUCACAGCCUGAGGUAUUCAGCGCUUUAUUGAAGGGUUUUUGGACACAGGCCAAUCAACACUAUUUUUUAUGUUUUUCUCAUGUGCACAAUGUUUAACAACUGAAAUUUAAAUGAAUUUUUUUUAACCGUGCUGUAAAAGUGGGGUUAUUACAGUGAAUUUCUGCCUUAAUUAUGAGAAUUCAUUGAGACUUCGAGCCUGUGAGUUAUCAGAAGUGCUGGAGAUGAACGUGAGAUUGAGAUGUUCCCGCCGGCAGACAGAUUUUAUGAUGCAUUCCUUUCUUCUGUUCGGCAAACAAUCCCUGCGUUUGUACAUGUUCAGCCUCUGAGUUAUUUGACAAACCAACUGAUCAAAAAAUAAAACAACACUGAACAGUU